AUGGUGAACAUCACGGAAAAGAUCAAGGAGAUUGAGGAUGAGAUGCGCCGGACGCAGAGUAGAGAACAAGGCCACAGUAAACUCGCGCGUCUGCGCGCCCAGCUUCUGGAACCAGCAGCCGGUGCUGGAGGCGGCGGCGGCUCUGGCUUCGAUGUGAGCAAGAGUGGCGAUGCGCGUGUUGCCCUGGUCGGUUUUCCCUCCGUCGGAAAAUCGACCUUCUUGUCCAAGAUCACAAAGACCAAGAGUGAGGCUGCAGCUUACUCUUUCACCACCCUCACAGCCAUCCCUGGUGUGCUAGAGUAUGGGGGUGCCGAGAUUCAAAUUCUCGAUUUGCCUGGUAUUAUUGAGGGUGCGUCCGAAGGUAAGGGGCGUGGUCGUCAAGUCAUUUCGGCAGCUAAGACCAGUGAUCUGAUUCUGAUGGUUCUGGAUGCCACCAAGCGUGCUGAGCAACGGGCAUUACUGGAGGCUGAAUUAGAUGCUGUGGGUAUUCGACUGAACAAGGAGCCGCCAAACAUUUAUUUCAAGCCUAAGAAGGCGGGCGGUCUGAAGAUCACUUUCCAGAACCCGCCGAAGAAUCUUGACGAAAAGAUGAUUUACCAUGUCCUGCGUGACUACAAGAUUCUCAAUGGUGAGGUGCUAGUGCGGGACGAAAAUGCUACCGUCGAUGACUUUAUUGAUGUUGUCAUGAAAGAUCACCGCAAGUAUAUUCGCUGCCUUUACGUCUAUAACAAAAUCGACAGCGUCAGCCUCGAAUUCCUGGACCAGCUUGCCCGCGAACCUUACACAGCCGUCAUGAGUUGCGAACUUGAUUUGGGUGUGCGGGAAGUAGUAGAUCGCAUUUGGAAAGAAUUGCGGUUGAUGCGCCUCUACACUAAGCGAAAGGGAGAGGAUCCCGACUUCAGCGAAGCUCUCAUCGUGCGUCGCGAUUCAACCAUCGAGGAUGUUUGCGACCAAAUCCAUCGUACACUCAAAGAGACGUUCAAGUAUGCCUUAGUAUGGGGUGCAAGCGCACGUCAUGUGCCGCAGCGCGUGGGGCUGGGACAUGCGGUUGCAGACGAGGAUGUCGUAUCGAUCGUUGCGAAAUAG